UAUUUAGGGGCAGUCAGGGGCGAGGGCAACUGUACGAUCUGCUCGGCCUGGGUUGACCGUCCGGUUUGUGGCUUCAACAAUCGAUGCUACACCAGCUUCAAAAGCUCCUGUGAAAUGGAAAUGUUGAAUUGCAAAAUGCCAGAUUCAUACAGAUUUACAGAGACUCCUUUUUAUGGCCAUUGCUUUAGGCACACUGUGACAAAAUGCAAGGCCUAUGUCUUGUUGCAACAGGUGAAUAAAGUAGACAGAUCCGUGGAAAUGUUUGCUUAAUUAUUGGUCAAUAAAUAUUUAACACGA